AUGGUGUUUAGUGUUUCCUGCGUUCUUAGUGAUACGUGUCCAGUAUUCUUAACUCUGUCAUCAUUAUCAAGACAUAUCGAAGAUGCCUCAGUGGUCGUUAAUUGGGGCCCGGAUUGUGAAGCCCCGCCAGACUGGAUAGGCCUAUACACUGUCAAUCCAGCAAUUACCGAUGUACUUCCUGUUGUCAAGGUUAUCGUCAACAAUGAAUCGUCCGGCAAUGUUGUCACUGACCAAAAAUUCGGGAAACAACGAUUACCUGGAGGAUGGAACUUCGAUGAGGUGCUCAGACACAUCCCAAAGCGCCGGCCAAAGCCGCUUUGUUUCGGAUAUUACCUAGUGAGCUACGAUAAAAAUAACGAACUGCAAACAUUUGAUUGUCUGAAAAUACAACCCCACUGGAUGUUUACGGAGGUCAACAUAGGAAAUGUUUCCCUGAAGGAUCUUUUCCUCCCAGGCACUCACUGUUCAGCUUGCUAUCAAACCAAAGCCAACAUAAACAAUGUUUUCUUGAAACGGGUUGGAUUCAGGCAAGAUUUAGAUAUAUGGACACAACUUGUUUUCGGCAUUCGUUAUCUCGAUUUUUCCGUUGGUUUUCAUCCAUCACAUAAUGCAACUCGCAACUUCUGGGUUAUGAACGAAAGUUACCGAGUAGGUUGGAUCGUUCCUAUUUUACAAGACAUACGCCGUUUUGUUAUCAUAUCCGAGGAGACCGUAUUCCUAGAUUUUCGACGUUUUCCGCUUGGGUUCCAUAAUCAUCCCGAUCAGCACAUGCUAUUUCUACAGAUUCUGGAUCAAGAAUUGGGAGAUCUAAUAUAUCGCCGACCCCAUUUCGGCAACGAGGAAGAUGGCGAAAAGGAAUCCUACCAUCUUACGAUCUCUCAGAUGCGCCAGGAGGGAAAGUAUAUACUUGUUACAUAUAAUCACGCGGCCAGUCUGAAUGAAUCUGAUCUCAUAUGGGCGCCAUGGAAAAAACACUCCAGCUCGUUUUUGAAGCACACCGAACUGGGCGAAUUCAUGAAGAAUCUCUUCUCUCAGAAGCACCCGGAUGCACCGAAGGACAUUGGAUGGGGUUUCUAUGGCGUACAGGGACUGCAAAGCAGCUAUGCUCCAGAUGAAACUUAUUUGCUGCCGAAGGAGCGCGCCAAUCUAAUCAAUCCGAAGCUGAUGACCAUGCUUGGUGGACCAUGGAGUUUGCGGGCCAAUGCGGUAUUGCUAGACUUUUUCACCAAUACCAAUCUUGUGGACAUGGCGGUACAUACUAAUCGAUACAAAACGCUCAAGAGCAUGAGCAACGAGGCUGUUGUUUUGGAUAUACAGUAACGA